AUGGAGGUUGAUGAUGGGAACGGCGCUCCUAUCAGGAAUCCUAAGGCAGACUCAUAUGUGCCAAAGUUGCCCAUGUUGGAUGGUGGACGCAUGAACAAGGGUCGGCGUGCCGAGAUCGAAGCAUGGGUUGAGUACCUUGAAGUGUUUUUGCCAUGGAUUGCCUUGUUUGAUGAUAGGAUACCGUCGGAGGUGCAGGCUUGUUUCGUGAAAGACAAGCCAAUCCUGAACAAAGACUUGGCGAAAGGAGAGAGCAUUAGGAGUACCAGAGUGUUCCUUUACCUUCGGCAGUCCUUUGCGAACUUUUCCCGUGGGCUUGACAUUUUGAAGCAAGUUGAGCGUGAACAGCUUGGUGUUCCGGCAGGCUAUGAGGCGUUGAGGCGCUUGCAUCAGGAUCUGUCGGUUUGCUCGAGGAUAGAAGCCUCGACCUUGCGAGAAGAGAUGUUGAGAUACCAACCCCCUGCCUCUACGAAGGAUCGUCCUUUGGAAGUGUUUCGCAGCGUGCAGGUUGAGCUUGCAAAGUAUGGUCGACUUGUUGCUGCGUUCCCAGACCUUGCGUUGAGUGAAGCGGAUCAGAGCAUGAUUGUGUUGAAAGGUCUUGAUGCGGAUGUGAAGAGGUACAUCUUGUUGCAUGCGAAGAUUGACUCCAUGAGUGAGCUUGAGACUGCGAUCAAGUUCUACGACGCAAACAUCAAGAUCCUUACCUUCGCCGAUUCCGGGCGAGGUCGAGACCGCAGGAACAACAACGACAUAGCGAAUCCGCUGAACUUCAAGGGCGAUGGAAAGGGGAAGGACAAGGGGAAGGACAAGGGGAAAGAUAAAGGAAAGGACAAAGGGAAGGACAAAGGAAAGGACAAAGGUCGCUCGGGAAAGGACAAGCAUGACAAGAAGGGAGAGAAAGGUGGAAAGGGAAACGUUCCGCAAGACCCUGGAAACGGGAGCGGCGGUAGCUCUGGUAAUGAUCCGAAGCACGACAAGCGUGCCAACGUGAAGUGCUACAACUGCAAUGAAUUGGGGCACUAUUCAAACCGAUGCCCUAAGAAAGCGGCCAAGGGAGUGGCGGCAGCAGCGACGCUUCUAGAACCGCAGUUGGCGGCUUUGACUUUGGAGGGCCCGCGUGUGUUUGCAGCGGCAAUUGGUUGCGAGUUCUUUGAUAUCGCUCAGGGAGAUUCCGACAAUGAGUCGAGCUUGAGCGAUGGUGAUUGGGAAGCCUUUGGAAGGUCGUGGUUGUUGGAGAGUUCGGAGCCCCCAGUUGAGCUUGGAACCUCGCAGCUUGGAAGCCUAGAGACCCCCGUUGAGCUCGAGAAGGCCCCAGUUGAGCUUGGAACAUCGCAGCUUGGAAGCCUAGAGACCCCGUUGAGCUUGAGAAGGCCCCAGUUGAGCUUGGAACGUCGCAGCUUGGAAGCCUAG